AUGGUAAGCGACAGAAGCUGCCUUCACCUCCAGGCCCGACUCUGUGAGAUCACACCCACACCCUAUGCUGAGCCCGGCCUGGCCAAGUACCUGAAGCUUGACCAGAAGGGCUCAAUUAUGGCCGAGUACAUCUGGAUCGACGCCGAUGGCGAGACCCGUUCCAAGUCAAGGACCCUCAAGGAGAAGGAGUACACCCCCGAGGACCUUCCUAUGUGGAACUUUGACGGUUCCUCCACCAACCAGGCCCCUGGCGACAACUCUGAUGUCUACCUGAAGCCUGUCGCUGUCUUCCCCGACCCUUUCCGUGGAUCUCCCAACAUCCUCGUCCUUGCCGAGUGCUGGAACGCCGACGGCACCCCCAACAAGUACAACUACAGACAUGAGUGCGCCAAGUUGAUGGAGGCUCACGCCGCCCACGAGCCCUGGUUCGGUCUCGAGCAGGAGUACACUCUGCUCGACCUUAGCAACCGCCCCUUCGGCUGGCCCGCUAACGGCUUCCCUGCCCCCCAGGGACCCUACUACUGCGGUGUUGGCGCCGGCAAGGUCGUCCAGCGCGACAUUGUCGACGCCCACUACAAGGCAUGCUUGUACUCUGGCGUCAAGAUCUCCGGCACCAACGCCGAGGUCAUGCCCGCCCAGUGGGAGUUCCAAGUCGGUCCCUGCACGGGCAUUGAGAUGGGUGAUCACCUCUGGCUCGCUCGCUUCCUCCUGGCCCGCAUUGCUGAGGAGUUCGGCGCCAAGGUCUCUGUUGAGCCCAAGCCCAUCCCUGGCGACUGGAACGGUGCCGGUCUCCACUCCAACUUCUCCUCCAAGGAGAUGCGUGUUGAGGGUGGCAUGAAGUACAUUGAGGCCGCCAUCAAGAAGCUCGAGGGUCGCCACAAGGAGCACAUUGCCGUCUACGGCGAGGGCAACGAGAAGCGUCUUACUGGCCGCCACGAGACGGGCUCCAUCGACCAGUUCUCUUACGGAGUCGCCAACCGUGGCGCUUCCAUCCGUAUCCCCAGAGAGUGUGCCCAAAAGGGCUAUGGCUACUUUGAGGAUCGUCGCCCCGCCUCAAACGCCGACCCUUACAGAAUCACUGGUAUUCUGAUGGAGACUAUUUACGGUACUGCCGAGUAA